UCGGGGCGCGUCACGCGAGCCUAAGUUCCUUUAUAUAUAUAAAGCCAGCACGCCGACGCUCGCUACGUUCACUCGAUCUGCCGAACGCGAGACGCUCGCCCGCAGUCUGUCUCUCGAGCAGCAGUCGCCAAAGCCCAGUUCGACGAGAAAUCGCUCUGUCGCGUUGUGUUGGUACGGUGUUGGGGGCCGAGUGUGCGACACAGCAGACAUGUACACCAAUCCGUUCGACCGCAAGCACAGCACCAUUCGCCAGGUGCUGGAUCGCUUCUUCGAUCCGAAUUUUGGCGCCAGCAAGAAGUCCAUCCGAAGAUCGGAGAGUGUCAGCAGCUCGGACAGCAACAGCUCCAAGGGCUCCAUGAGCUCGCGAGUAUUUGAAGAUGUUAAAUGAGCCGAAAUUAACUAACACCUCGCUGGAUUUUGGCCUACCAGCUAACAAACAAAAUGAACUUCUGCAACGUUUAGGAGAUCCGCAUGUAAGUUCUUUUAAUUACAUGAUCCACGGUGGUCUUCAAGAAGCGAUUAAAACUCUCUUACCAGUGUAUUUGACUUUGGCAAGUGGAGACAGAAUAGAAUUGUGGAUUGAAGAUGUUCAAAUUUAUUAUCCAACAGUUCCAUUGGGUUCGAUGGGUGUUAAAAAUCAUAAGAUUUAUCCAACUGAGUGUAGGCAAAGAGCUGCUACUUACAAAGGUAAAAUGCAUGCAAAAAUCGGAUGGUCUGUUAAUGGCAGAAAGCAGGAGACACUGGAAAAAAGUUUGGGUGAAGUGCCUAUCAUGGUCAAAUCCGACAGGUGUCAUUUACAAAAUCUAAGUCCUGCAGAGUUAAUUAAAGUGAAAGAACACGAAGAAGAAUGGGGAGGAUAUUUUAUAAUUCAUGGACACGAACGUAUGAUUAGAAUUCUUCUAAUGACCAGAAGAAAUUAUCCUAUUGCUAUUAAAAGAUCUGGUUGGAAACAAAGAGGAGAUCAAUUUAGUGAUUUAGGCAUCUUAUUACGAACUGUGAGAGAUGAUAAUACAGCAACUACAAAUACAUUACAUUUUGUAACGAAUGGAUCAGCAAAAUUAAUGUUUCAACAUAGAAAAGUUCUAUACUAUGUUCCAUUAAUUUUAAUGUUGAAAUGUUUAAUAAAUGUUUCUGAUAUUUACAUUUAUAAAACUCUAACUGCUGGCUGUGAAGAUGAUGUGUAUUAUCAAAAUUGCAUAAUAAAUAUGAUGAGAACAGUUCAUGAAAAAGAUUUACAUACUCAUGAACAGUGCAAAGCAUAUAUUGGAAAGAUGUUCAGAGUAAAAUUGCACGAACUUCCAUUAAAUGCUUCAGAUUCUGAUGUUUGUGAAUUUAUUAUCAAACAUUGUGUAGUUAUUCAUCUUGAUGAUCCUGUCGAUAAAUUUCACUUACUUUGCUUCAUGACAAAGAAGCUUUUUUCAUUGGCCAGUAACAAAUGUAUAGUGGAAGGUGCUGAUGCUGUGAUGAUGCAAGAAUGUUUACUUGGAGGUCAUCUGUACUUACAAGUUAUUAAAGAAAAACUCUAUUCAUGGCUCAUUGGCAUGAAAAGUGUGAUUAUUAGACGAGCGAAACAAAUAGGCAAUAACUUUACACUCAAUGUUCAGGAAAUGUUGACUGUCCUGAAAAGCUGUGGUACAUUUGACUCCCAGAUGGAGAAUUUUUUAGCCACUGGAAAUGUUAAAUCACAGACGGGAUUGGGUCUUAUGCAAAAUACAGGAUUGUCAAUUGUUCCCGAAAAUAUUAACAGAAUGCGUUACAUGAGUCAUUUUAGAGCAAUUCACAGAGGUUCAUUUUUCCAAGAAAUGAGGACAACAGAAGCUAGACAGCUGUUACCUGAUGCUUGGGGGUUUAUUUGUCCUGUUCAUACACCUGACGGUGCACCAUGUGGUCUACUUAAUCACUUGACAAUGAAUUGUAUUAUCACAAAACACCCAGAUCAAAAAUUAAGAGAUGCCAUACCACCAGUUUUAUUAGAGUUAGGAAUGUUGCCAAUUUCUAUAGCCGAUGAUUGGAAAAAUUCUUACGCUGUCUUACUAGAUGGAAGAGUGAUUGGACUGAUCAAAGACAACAUAGUAGGUAGAGUUGUUGACAAAUUGCGUGUUUUCAAAAUCAACGAAAAAGUUCCAUCAACAACAGAGAUAGUAUUGGUGCCAAAAAAAAAUGUUCCAUCUCAGUACCCUGGAGUUUAUUUGUUUACAGGUCCUGCUCGGAUGAUGAGACCUGUGAAAAAUUUGUCUGUUAAUAAAACAGAACUAAUUGGAACAUUUGAGCAAGUCUACAUGAAUAUUUGCGUGAAGGCUGAAGAAGCUUACGAAGGCUUGACGACUCAUCAAGAGCUUUCAAAAACCGCUUUUCUCAGUAACUUAGCAUGUCUGAUACCAAUGCCUGACUGUAAUCAGAGUCCUAGGAAUAUGUACCAAUGUCAGAUGGGUAAACAAUCAAUGGGUACACCAUGUCUAAAUUGGCAACAACAAGCAGAAACAAAACUAUACAGACUACAAACGCCUGCAACGCCACUUUUUCGGCCUGUUCAUCACGACAAUAUUAAAUUAGAUGAAUUUGCCAUGGGUACGAAUGCAAUUGUCGCUGUUAUUUCAUACACGGGCUACGAUAUGGAAGAUGCUAUGAUUAUUAAUAAAUCAGCACACGAGAGAGGUUUUGCUCACGGUAUGAUUUACAAAUCAGAGUUCGUCGAGUUAAAAGAAAUAAAUGAUUAUUUUGCGCGAAAUCCUAAUGAUCCAAAGCUCAUCGAUAAAUUAGAUGUCGAUGGUUUACCAAAUAUUGGUACAAUUAUUAGAGAAAACGACCCGUACUAUUGUUACUACAAGAGCGACCAAAAGUCAUUUAAUGUAGGAAAAUAUCGUGGAAAAGAAGACGUUUACGUAGACAAUAUCAAAUUUUGCGGUAAUCUUCAAGGUAACUCAACCCGCAAAGUUUGCAUAACUUUUAGAGUUCCUCGUAAUCCGAGUGUAGGAGACAAAUUUGCUUCGCGUGCGGGUCAAAAGGGUAUUUGUUCACAAAAAUGGCCAGCAGAAGAUUUACCGUUCACGGAAACAGGUCUUAUUCCUGAUAUCGUAUUCAAUCCUCAUGGUUUCCCUAGUAGAAUGACAAUUGCUAUGAUGAUCGAAGUAAUGGCUGGAAAAUCUGGGGCCAUUCAUGGUUUAGUUCACGACGCAACUCCGUUUAGAUUUUCGGAAGAAGAUACUGUCGUCGAAUAUUUUGGAAAAUUAUUAGAGCAAGGUGGCUACAAUUAUUACGGAACUGAGCGAAUGUAUUCAGGAAUAGACGGUCGCGAAAUGACUGCGGACAUAUUUUUUGGAAUUGUACAUUAUCAGAGACUUCGUCACAUGGUUUCUGACAAGUGGCAGGUGAGAAGCACCGGACCAAUUGACGUGUUAACUAGACAACCUAUAAAAGGUCGACGAAGAGGUGGUGGCGUGAGAUUUGGUGAAAUGGAGCGUGAUUCUUUAAUAUCGCAUGGAUGUUCAUUUUUACUUCAAGAUCGGCUUUUUCAUUGCUCUGACAAAUACACAUCACUCGUAUGCAAAAAAUGUGGUACACUCAUUGGACCGAUGAUGGAAGUAGCAAUGGGACGAAAUGGCCCUGGAGAGCACAAUGAGAGAUGUCGUUUAUGUGGAGACAAAGGUUUGCUUGGCGAAGUUGAUAUCCCGUACAUCUUUAGGUACUUGGUAACUCAACUCACUUCGUGUAAUAUCAAUGUUAAAAUAGAUUUUGCGCAAAAGUGACGAAGCUAUAGUUUUUCACCGUGUUGAAUGAAUUUUUACUGUCAAAUAAAUCGUGUAAAUAUUUUAUAAUAAUACUCUUUUUAUUAUUACUAAUACUAUGACAUAGAUUUCCUUUUCUUUUUAUGAUUCAAAUAACAUUCAAAUUUUAUAUUACACAUUUACUAUGUGGAAAGUUAGAUCAUAUCUACAAGUUUACAUAUGUAAAUGUAUAUCUACAAUUAUAGUCAAGAAUAUAUACACAAUUGAUGAAUUUUUCCAAUAAUUUAAUUAUUUUUUUCACAAGAUUUCAAAAAGAUAACAGCAAAAUGGAUUUAACAAAUAAUUAAAUACUAAUAACAAUCCAUAAAGACUAAGCUUUGAUUCUUUCGAAAUAUCAAUCAGUGUUGUGAAGUUUGUUUUUUUUGUGGAAUGUAGCAAACUAAAUAUCCGAUUGAAAGUUGUAAAAAUUAUCAUUUUCACAAACUUCCUUUCAUUUGCAAAUUUUGAUAAGCGAUUGUUUUUGAGUCGAGUAUAGAUGAUAUAGCAAAAAUUAAUAAUUGAUAUUAUGAAGUAACGACGAAGUACACUUUUAUAUUGAACAUUUUUACCAAUUCAAAACCUUUGU